CGAGGUUGUGGUCAGUAGAAUGAAAACCAUGCAUUCCUCCCUGUCAUGUGGGUCAGAUAAUCCUGACUCUAAAGUCUCUAUGAGAUUUGUGGCUGUUUCUGCAACAAUUCCAAAUAUAACGGAUGUGAGUUAUGUGCACUAUAUUGUUUAACAGUUGAAGCUUAGUUAAGUGUUAAAGCAGCUAUGCAGAACUUCCACUUUGUUACAUGUACUAUCUGUUUGGUGCCUAAUACACUCAAUUGUCUACAUUUAUAAUUGAACAUGCUCAUGUCACACAAUAGAUACCUGUUGUACACAGAGAUGUGAAAUAUUUGUUCCUUUUGAAGUUGAGUUUGCUUGGGAGUGUGUGAGUUACUGUCCCUCAUGGAAUAAGCUAGGUGUCAUUUCCUCAGUCUAUAUAAAUGGGAGACAGCAUGUAAAAAAGUUUACAUUAUAAAAUAAGUUAUGGACAUACUAGCAUAAUCAAGUUUUCAAAAAGUAUCACAUGAGCAUGCCGAGAACAUACUUUGGGCAUUGAAGCGUUAAUGAACUGUAGUACCUUGCUUGCUUUUGGUUUAAAUAACAUGUUAUUAUGUGAUCGUUUUAGAUUUCAGAUUGGCUGUCAGAUGGUACUGAGCCAGCUACAUGUUUGGAUGAAACUCAUAGGCCUUGGAUUUCCCUGCUCUGGCAACCAAACUGAGUUCAAGUUUGACUUAUCUCUUAAUUACAAAAUGGCAAGCAUCAUUCAAACAUAUUCCAAUCAGAAAACAACGCUUGUUGUAAUUUGUUUUGCUUUGUCUGUUUUGGAUAAAAUAAACAGUUAUAGACUUCGGUGAACACAAAAAAAAAUGCAUUGCUGUUUUAUGUUCUCAGUUUUGUGCGACUAGGAAGGGAAUGCAACAGUCUGGAUCUGUUCUUGCAAAAGAUGCCAAGUUUAUUAUGAGCACUGAAUAUAAACAAAGGUUACAAAAGUGUGCCAACUCCUUGCAGGACUCAAAACUGAGAGAUUUAGUGAUGUAUGGAGUUGGAUUCCACUAUGCUGGUAUGGACGUAUCUGACAGAAAAAAAUUGAAGGUGCUUUUAUCCUUGGAGACUUACCAGUGCUUUGUCACACUGAUUUCCAAAAGCAAAGAGUUUUCAGAUGUCCAACUGAGGGUAAAGGAGAAGAGAACAUUGAACACCUUAAACAAAGACAAAAAUAGGAUAACCAUCAGGAUUCCUAUUGAUGGGAAAAUAAAAAAUGAAAUGAAAGUGAACUGGGAGGUAAAGACAAAUGUAAUUUCUAUAAUUUUUUUUUUAAUGUUUUGAGGAAAUACAGUGUUUUACAGUAUAGUUAAAAGUCAUGUUGUUUCAUUGACUUUAUACUUAUUUAAAUUUAGGUUUGUCUGAGUUUUUUGCCCAACAUGCAAAGAAAAACUUUUCAGCUCUGCUCAACUAAUUGAUUCUGGCCAAAUGUUUUAGGUCCAGACUUUGUAUCAAAGCAACUUGA